CUCAAUCGUAUCCUCUAGCUGUCACAAUAUGACUUCUGGUUUGACGCGUUCAGAAUAAUGACAUUAAUAUAGAUUGUUGAUUUAGACUAAUCUAGAUUGAUAAAUAGCACUACAGGUACGAGGAAAAUUAUGCUUUUCAAUUAGGGGCUGAACUGUCCUUUUAAAGUUAUCUGGUUUUAUUUUGAAGGCCGGGACUCUCGUUGCCAGCGGGACGUUUUUCUUCUGGUCCAGAUAACUUUUAACCGGAGAGCAGAGGGAUGUCGUUUUGUAGCUUCUUCGGUGGAGAGGUCUAUAAAGACCAUUUUCAACCAGGGGUUUACGUAUGCUCCAAGUGUGAUCAUCAGCUGUUCAACAGUCGCUCCAAGUAUGAACACUCCUCUCCCUGGCCAGCCUUCACACAGACAAUCCAUGAGGACAGUGUGUCUAAACAUGAGGAGAGACCUGGGGCAUAUAAGGUGCGGUGUGGGAAAUGUGGAAAUGGACUAGGCCAUGAGUUUGUGAAUGAUGGGCCAGCCAAAGGGGUUUCUCGCUUCUGAAUAUUCAGCAGCUCACUGAAGUUUGUCCCUAAAGAUAAGGUUGAUGGACAGUAAGGUGAGCUGUUAGAGGGACGUUUUGGUGGACUUGUAGAAGUUUCUCUGUGCUGCUGAAUGUGUGGACAGUGGAUGAAGUGUUCUGGGAUAAAGCCCAAUCUAGGAGCGCCAGGGCUCUGAUGAAAGAUGGCCACACUGGACAGCAAGAACAAAGGACUGGUCUCAACUCCUUUUUAUUAUGCAGUCAUCACCAUCUCAGGAUAGCCUCACUGAUUACACAAUCACCGUCUUAUCAGUUUUACAUUUAUAUAGAGGGUUCAACGUUAAAGCGUAACUCUCGCCAAAAUGCAGCCUAGAGUCUUUUUGUGAAUAUACCCGAGUCAAACUUUUGUUUAAAAACAU